AUCAAUGUGAUUACCAUCUGUACACACGGAACGAUUCUUUGAGUGCAUGUAUCAUUUUUCUGCCUCUAACUUUUUUUCUUCAUUUGCGGCGAGGAAGAUGGAAAUGUGAGUAACUGGCACGGGUUACAAAUAGGCCCUCGGCCACGCGUGACAAGGAUCGUUUCAAAAGUCGAUCCCACACGUCUGAAAUUUUUAUUACGUUUUUGAUCCACGAAUGAACAAGCAGGAGUUAAACCUUCUCUACUCUCUUCUCCACACUUCCCCCUCAAAAACCAACUGAGCUGCCGGGAGACCAGCCUACGGUAAAGGGGGUUGAACGAUCUCCGUGGGAAAGCGGAGCCGUGCAGAAAAAGAACUGGCAAGGUACAGAUGUGCGGAGCAGAACAGUCGAUACAUCGUGGUGAGGAAUACAGAUAGCAUCUGUUUGUAGGUUCACCAUGUCUAAUGCCUUAAGCUCCAAAGAGUUCAGAGGGCCCAGUCUUGCAGAUGUUAACCAGUACAGCCAAUGGUUGGCUAGCCGACAUGAAGCCAGUCUUCUGCCCAUGAAGGAGGACCUAGCUUUGUGGCUUACCAGCUUUUUGGGUAAGGAAAUAACAGCAGAGAGAUUCAUGGAGGAAUUAGAUAAUGGAGUCUUAUUGUGUCAGUUGGCAGAGACCCUACAGGAGAAAUUCAGGGAAAACAGUAGUGAACAAAUGAGCCCCAACAAGGAUGCACUUGUUAAAAGAAUACCCUGCAAGACCAGUGCCCCCUCUGGGUCUUUUUUUGCCCGUGACAACACUGCCAACUUUCUGGCUUGGUGCCGAGAAGUCGGGGUUGGGGACACUUGCCUGUUUGAGUCAGAUGGUUUGGUCCUUCAUAAGCAGCCCAGAGAAGUGUGUCUCUGCUUACUGGAAUUAGGAAGAAUAGCAUCCAGGUAUGGAGUGGAGCCCCCUGGGCUUAUCAAGUUGGAGAAGGAGAUUGAACAGGAAGAGAAGAUUCCACUUCCUCCUCCUUCCCCAGUCUCUCCGUCAUCUGUAAAGUCUCCAAGUAGAAAGAGUACCGGGAAGAUUCUUGAUGAUGCUGUAAAACAUAUUGCGGAGGAUCCACCAUGCAAAUGUCCCAACAAGUUCUGUGUCGAAAGGCAGUCUCAGGGCAGAUACAAAGUUGGAGAAAAGAUUCUCUUCAUCAGGAUGCUACACAACAAACACGUGAUGGUGCGAGUCGGAGGCGGCUGGGAGACAUUUGAGGGCUACCUAUUGAAGCAUGAUCCUUGCCGAAUGCUUCAGAUAUCUCGGGUGGAGGGGAAAAUCUCGCCAGUUUCAAUGAAAUCGCCUAGCAUCAAGGACCUUGGACCUGACAACUAUCUGGUGGUGGCAGCACAUUACAGAGGAAAAAAAUAACCACAGCUAGAGAAUGACCAUGUCCAGGAAGGGGCCAUCCACUAGACUGCCUCACGUACAGUAUAAAUUAUUUAGAACAUCUCUCAUCUGAUUUCCUGGAUGUGGUGGGAGGAGUGUGGAGUAGAUAGGACAGACUGGAUAGAACUUUAAAGUUGUUCAUAUCUACCAAGUUGUUGCAUUUAGCUCUCUAUACUAACAUACAAUUGAACUUAUUUGUGGAUCACUGAAAACACCCGUCUCUUCCAUUGGCAUUUUGAUUUAAAAAUAGGAUAACUGGCCUACCGUUGUGGAAGACGUCUGUGUGAGCAGUGAAUUUUGUUAAAUGCUUUUACCAAAUUAUUUAACCAGCCUUUUACUCUUGUCCGACAACUUCAAGGUGCUUCUCCCCUUCCACGCAAUUUGCCACAUACAUGUAUUUACAUUUCAUGAAAGACUGCUUAGCAUUGGCAACAAAAAAUAUGUUUUAACUGAAUCAAGUAUUAUAAUUAUUUUGCUUAAAGGCUUCUGGUAUUUUUAUUUGCUGCUGAACACAGCUGAUUUUUUCUAGAUUUUCAUCUACUUUUUGUUAUUGUGCAUUAUGGCAAAAAUUAAAUGUACUUUUAUUA